CCCUCUCUCUCUCUCUCUCUCUCUCUGAAGACCUUGCUAAAAAAAGGGCAACCCUCUUCUCAAAAAAUGAAAAGCCUGCAACUCCCGCUUUUGUAGUUCCUCCCCAGCCCCCCAAAACAUUCGCCAUUCGCCUUAAGCAAUCCCACAAAACAAGGAAAACAUACAAAACAACAAUCCUUCGCCAUUUUCACCUCUCUUUUACCUCAUUCUCUUCCUCCCCCCUCCCCUUUUGAUUCCUCUUCUUUUUUUUUUUUUUCUCUCUCUCUCUUUUCUGAUUCUCUACCCCUUAUGUGGCCUCCAUGGAAAAGAUCACCAUCUCGAAUUCAUACGGCAUCCAAAUCCAAUUUCUCCUGCUCAAGCUUCAAAGAUAUCCAAACCCUCUGCAAAGAAGAAGCUGAGCACAACCGUCGAAAGAAGAACUCCAUCUUCCACCGCGUCUACGUCUCUACCUCUGUCAUUCUUGCCUGGGCUUCCCGUCCCUCUCGGUCCGUCCAUCCUCCUCCUCCUUCUUCUUCUUCUCUUCCGCCUUCUUCUCCUCCCGAAGCCAACGUACAACACCUUCCACGGCAGUCAUCCAUCCAUCUCCCCGGUGCUGAUAAGCGCAUCGUCGUCUAUUUCACAAGCCUCCGCGUCAUCCGGAGGACCUUCGAAGACUGCCGAGACGUGAGAUCCAUCUUAAGAGGCUUUCGCCUCUCCAUCGACGAGAGGGAUCUGUCCAUGGACUCCAGGUUCCUGGAAGAGUUGCAGCAGAUCUUGGGCUGCAGGAAGCUCACGUUGCCUAGGGUUUUCAUUGGAGGUAGGUAUUUUGGUGGGGCCGAUGAGAUCCGGGAGCUUCACGAAGCCGGUGAAUUGAAGAAAUACCUCGAAGGAUUCCCGAUGGCCAAGCCUGGAGUUUGCGAAGAAUGCAAUGGAUAUCGAUUUGUGCUCUGCGAUCAGUGUCAUGGAAGCCGCAAAUUCUACACGGACGACGGAGGGUUCGUGAGUUGCUUGGCUUGCAACGAAAAUGGCCUGAUCAGGUGCUCUACUUGCUCUUCUUUAGAUUUUUGAUCAAUCGAAUUAAGAAGAAAAAAAAGGAAAAAAUCAGAUGACUUUUUUUUUAGUUUCUUUUUAGUAAAAUUUGUAUUCUGGAGGGAGAAGAGAAGGAAAUUUUCUUAACUUUUUUUUUGUAAUCUUAAUUCUUUUUGGUAUUAAGCAAGGUAAUUUUCUUAGCUUUCUA